GCUACUCCGCGUGUGCGAUGCGCGGCCGCGUGUGGGGCGCGGGCGGCGGAGUCUCCACCUCUUCUGGCAACUUGAACCUGUGGCUGCCAAACUCCAUUAAAGCUAUCAGCAGUCGGGGGGGACGCACUUCACAGCGUAGGCGGGAUAGGUUGCUUUUUUUUUUUUUUUAAUAUCUUUUUUUUUUUAACUCCUCUUCGAAAGCUUGUGACUGCUCCCGAGCCGGCCCCGAGCUGCAGCCGCGGUCCCGAGCCGCGCCGCGGGCACCGGAACGUCCCAUGGCCGCACCGCCGCGCGCUGCGCCCCGCUGAGCUCCGCGGGCACCGGCGGCGGUCGCGCUCCUCCCGCCGAGGAAGCAGAGCAUCGUCCACCAUGGUCCGGUGCUGGUGGCUCGCCGGGCUGCUCGUAGUGCACGCGGUCGCGGAGCGCUCGCUGCGCUGGGAGCCGCGGUGCCGGCAGCAGCUCCGCCACCUGCAGGACGGCGCCAGGAUCGAGGCGCGGCUCCCGCCCCGCCUGGAGGGCCAUUGGGUCUCCACCGGGUGUGAGGUGCGGCCGGGGCCGGAGUUCCUCACCCGCUCCUACCUUUUCUACGCCAACCGCCUCUUCAAGGCCUUCCAGUUCUACUACUGGGACCCGUCCUGCCGCGAGCCCUCCUACUCGCUGGUCAUCAAGGGCAAGCUGCGGCUGCGCCAGGCCUCGUGGAUCACCCGCGGGGCCACCGAGGCCGACUACCACCUGCACAAGGUGGGCAUCGUUUUCCACAGCCAGAAGGCAAUGCGGGAGGCGGCCUCCCGCAUCGACCGAAGCUCGGGCGAGGGCUGCGGCGGUUUCCUGCCCCCGGGCCGCGCCUGGAGCCCCGGAGCGCUCUACGAACUGCUGAGCGCCAAAACCGAGCGGGACUGCACCGCGGCCCUGGGCUUCGCCAUGCACGAGCUGAGCCUGCUGCGGGUGGAGACGCACCACCAGCCCCUGCCGGGGCCGCAGCAGAGCGGCAGCAGCCUGGUGGAGGAGCUGUACCUGGGAGACAUCCAUACGGACUGGCCGGAGCGGCUGCACUACCGCCCGACGGGCUACCAGCGUCCGCUGCAGAGUGCCGUGCACCACAUGCAUCCGUGCCCGGCCUGCGGCGCUAUCUACAGAGCUGACGAGCACCACCCGCCCAUCCUGCCUGCCCAGGUCGAGCUGCCCGUGCAGCUGAGCGGCAGCUGGGUGAGCACCCGCUGCGAGGUGCGCCCUGCCGUGCUCUUCCUCACUCGGUACUUCAUCUUCCACGGCAGCAACCACACCUGGCAGGGCUACUACUACCACUACUCCGACCCGCUCUGCAAGCAGCCCACUUUCACCAUUUACGCAUCUGGGCAUUACACCCAGGGCGUCCCCUCCUCCAAGGUGAAAGGGGGCACGGAGCUGGCUUUCAAAGUCACACAAGCACGGGUGACGCCCAUGGAUCAGGUGACGGUGAUGAUGCUGAACUCCUCCGAACCGGGGAGCUGCGGGCUCGCAAGCUCCUGGAGCGCCGGCGUGGAGCAGGAUAUAACGCCAACCAACGGCUGCUUGGCUUUGGGCAUCAGGCUGCCCCACACAGAGUAUGAGCUCUUCAGAACAGAGCACGAUCCCAAGGAGCGCAGCCUGCUGUACGUUGGUGAGAGGCCCACGGAUGGAUCCAGCCCUGACCGCCCCGACAAGCGGCCCACGUCCUACCAGGCGCCCCUGGUUCAGUGCGCGGGUGCAUCAGAGGAGUUCCCUAGCUACUAUAGUCUGAAACAUGUGGGGAAAGAGGGUGCUAACGGCAGUGAAGAACUGAAACCUUUGCCUGUGGCCCUCUUACUGUUGAUAGCACUGCAGGUGCUAAGAUGGGACUAGCUCUCUAUUCAGGUACAGCACAGAACCCAGAUAGUCUUGGUGCUAAUAUGAUUUUUGUAACUUCCAACUGAGCACAUCUGGAACCAGUUUUACUUAGACUUGGAAACACUUUAAAAGAAAAAAAAAGAAGGCAAAAAACAAAGAACGGUGAAUGAAGCCAAGAAGAUGUGCCUGACAACGUACUGCCUGAUGGCUUUGUUGCCUCAUCUCCCCUCGUCUUUGCAUACCAAUGUAAUGUAGUGACAUGGAUGCACUGCACAUUGCAAUCAGUACUUCAGCAAUGAGGGGAAAAAGAGCAACAUCAGUUGCAACUGAUGCUUUGAGCUUUUGGCACUGCUAAGAUUUAAUCAAGGGCUUAGUUCAGAUGUAAUUCAAACAUCCAGAGUGUCAGCUGCUGAGUUUUUUUGGGGUUAAGCUCCCUCCGCCACAGUCCUUAUUGCUGUUUGUGCAAAUUUGAUCUGCGGUGUCCAUCAGCACCAGAUACAGUGUCAGCAAGUGCUCUCACUAAGGACACAGCUAACGAUGCCUCUCAGUUUAUACAUGUUUUCUGCAGUUUUCACAUGUACAUACAUGUGGAGAUGCAGAGCAGCAACCGCAGAGCAUCACCUGAAAGAAAAGCUCCAGUAAAUAGAAGAGGCUUCUGUGCACAGCGGUGCCAACUCCCAGCAUUCUGUAGCUGCAGACAUUGCAUCCUUGCCGCACUAUUUUGGCACUGCCAACUGCAGCUCCCACUCACAGGCAGUGAGCAAAGCAGAAGAUCACUCAGGUCUUCUCAGGCUGUAUGUUUUCACUGUCUCCUCUUCUAAGUGCAUUGGCUGUUAAUCCAGCUGUCGUAUCAGUUGGACUGUCACUGCCAGCCCCGUUCACUUGAAGAUGGUUUAUAAAUCUGCCUGCAGUGAACAAUGCGCUGAGGAGACGAGUCUGAGCAGCACUGUCAGACUGUCCAGAGCUCUGCUGGCAAGAAGGAGAGAGUAAGAAAUUACAUUCCCUUUGCUGCAGCCAAGAAGCAUAUAACAUACCUGGGGAAGACCUCUUCCCAGUAGCUAAAUCCCCUCCAAAUAAGCCUAUAUAUCUUACAAAGGAUAUUUUUGUUAAACCAUCUAUGCAAUAGCUACUUCUUAAUGCUGUUUUUACAAACUUGCAGCUUGUACUUAAAUAAUUUAUGGGUUUUAUAGCAUCAAAGUACUUUUUUGGGGGAACUGUACAUUAAUAAUUCAGAUGAGAUGCUUAUUAAAUGCAUACAGUUGUGACACAGAUGUUGUCAGCAUGUUCACAUGUGCCAGGCCCACAUAAGCAGCCACAUCACUGAUGUGCACAGUGGCCAAACUCGGCUCGUCUGCCUUCAGUGCCAUCAGUGGAGGCUGCUCCAGGGUUCAGCUCAGCAGGCACAACGCCUCCCUUCGUUGCCAAAGCUUUUUGUGCUUUGUUGCUUGCUGCUGCAUGGAGAUGUGUGGGCAAACAUUUGAAGAACUGAAGUGCACCGUGAGGAACAGGGCUUUUGUCAUCUUGGGACACCCUGGGAAGGUGCAGUGUAUGACUGAGGCAUAGCAGCACUGCCUCUCUUUGAAGCUGCAUGCAAUUUUUUUCCCUAGCAGUGCUGUUUGCCAUCACCAAUUAAUGCAAUGUAGGAGGUUAUGAUACUCAAGACUGGAGAAAGACCCCCAGCUCCCCCGCAGCAGCCGUGGUGCUCAGCACAGCUCAGCUCUGCAGCACUGAGCACAGCCCUGCACAGCACUUCACACUUUGGAAAGGAAAAGAAGCCAUGAAAAUGCUAUCUGCAUAAACAUUGCAACUUUUAUUGUUCUUUCCACAGUUUUGGGAGAAACAUUUCUAAAUUAUACAGUUAUUCUCUCAAGAAUUUGUGCCUUUUUUCCAAUCUGACAGUGAGUCUUGUUUUGCUCAUUUUGCUAAGAUCAAAGAGAGAGUGUGUUUGCUAUUUUCUGUGCGUGAAGGUAGUCGUGCACUGUCAUCAAGACAUUCUCAGAUAAACUCAGCCAACCAGUUUUCUCUCUCCCUCUAUGGCCUUUCACACUCUGCUAGCAAUUUAGUAAGUUUUGAAUCUCUUUUUGCAUCUAUCCCAAUUAUCCAGCUUCUCUCUCAACAUCCAAAUAUCCAAAUUGCAUCAAAAAUGCCCGUCUCAUAGCUGAGACAUACAGAAAUACAAUCACUGCCAGGGAUAAUUCAAAACAACGUGACCUUUGUCAGUUUUUCACCCUGGGACUGCACUGGGAGCACAGGUGCAGCUCUCAUUCUCUGACUCUGAGCACAGAGAUGUUCCCUGUGUUACUGUUUUCUCAGUAGCGAUUUUAGGUAUAUUUUCAAUGGUGAUUUGGAAGCACUGAAUUGUAUCAGAUCCCUGCAGAAGCCUCCUGUGAGCAUCCCCAUUUCACUGCAGUUCUCUUGCAAGGACCACUUCUGAAAUGUGCCAUUUUCACAGAACGCCAGGCUUUGCUGGGGGUCCAGCUACACCCAACCCACAUUAAUCCCAAAGAAAAAAGAGAAAUAAAAGACAGGAUGAAAUAAGUGACUUUACACGAUGCUCCUCCGUUAGUGUUCAUUUCCUUUUUCAUCCCUUUCCCAGGCUGACCAGCUAAGCAAGCACAUACCCGGUCACCCCAUGCUGUACGCCACCCUCAUCAGCAGAGAUGGCCUCAGACAUCUCCCUUACAAGUACUGACAGAAGUUUUAUAGGCUGAAUUUGAAGAUGUUAACUUUGAAUGUUAAGCACUGCUAAUGAAUGACAUCAGCUCUGCAGUUCUCCUAGCUCCUCACUAGCAGUUUCACCACCUGCAUCCAGAAACAACCCUUAUCUCCUGCCAAGAUUUCCUCCGUACCUCAGCUCUUCACCCCCCCCUUAUCCCCCCCAAGCACUCGAGCCCAUACAUUUUUCUUUUCCUUUGGCUAUUGCUUUCCUUAUUAAUUUUCUACACUUCAUAACUCUUAUCCUUCGUGUUGACUGCUGUCAGUUUCCCUUUUUCUUGUUUUAUAUUACAUCUAUUUUCCCCCUCAUUCAUCACUGAAAUAGGAUGGGCUUUUUGCCAAAGUUGUUCUCUUCCUUAAUUGCCAAACUGUUGAGGUUGGGCCAUUUCCUACCUUUCUCAUAGAAAACUGCCAGUUCUAAUUCUGCUUGCCAUCUAAUUUCUUCUUCACCAGCAGAUUUAAUGCUGAAUUUGCUGAGCUGUGCCCUUUGGAAGCACCACGUAGGUUCCCCGGCAGCUUGCAGGCCCUCGCCUGAAUGCAGGGGGGAUCCCCCAGGGAGCACCAACUCCUGGUGCUCCGAUUCCUUUCUCCUCAGCCAGCACAACCAGGACAAAAGCAAAUACCUUCAUGCCCAACACUGUAUAAAGUCAAGGACUUAACAAGCAUCUGACUACUGAACUCUGUUUGGCUCUGAAGCACACACGUGCCUUCCUGCUGUAGCUGUGAAGAAAAAGCAAGCUGAGGGCUGUUUGUACCAGCUGGAAGUCAGUGACACAGCCACACGUGUCUCCAAAGCCUUGCUCUGAACUUCUAAUACAGUUAAAAUGAUGAAAAGCACUACCUCCAAAAACAGAAGAAAAAAAGCAGCAGCACACUUCAAGCAUUCUGCAUACACUCAGUUGCUUCCUGCACUGCAUCUGAGCAUAAGUCUCACACAUCCAGCCCCAUCAUUACUCAGAUGCACGGCCUGUGAUGCUCUGCUCCUGGGGCAGCACACUGAUGUACAGCUGCCAACUCAGCCUUGGUCGGAUCUGUUCAACAGUUCCAUUAGCAGGAAUGAACCUCUUGCAGCGAUCCAUCCUUUGCCCGUGUUUAAAAUGCCCCACCAUGUUUUCUAAUUUGCCCCCAAAACGGAAACAACGCACAAAGUUUUAAAACACUUCUGGAUAAAUCAUUACGAUCUGAUAACCGAUCCACACUGAAUCUAAAAGCCUCGUAUUGACUAUGAGCACACUGCACUGAGGCAGCAGGGGACAGAAAGGAGAUGGCUGACUGCACCCGGACACCAGGAGCAAACUGAUCAGCACGGCAGUGAAACCCAGCAGCUGCUGCUCCACCUGCAGCCCCACAGCACACAGCAGUCGGCCCUGACGUACGGGUGGGUUCCGUGUUGUGCCACGUUGAUUCAGGUGACGCUUCAAAAACCACAUUAUACAGAUCUUAAGAGGACUUCAGCUGAUGCAGUGCCAGGCAGUGCUGUUGCUGGACACCCUCUGGUCAGCCACAGCCCAGUGCUGCAGUGGGCAUCAGAGCCACCUCUCACUCCCUCCAAGCAGCCAAACCCGCAGCUCAGCUCUGUCAUCUCCCAGCUCCUGACUUUGUACGGCCUUAAUAAAGUCCUUCUGAAUGUAGCUGUGUAUGGAUAAUUACACGUGGGAGUUGUGCCAACCCAAACAUGAGGGAGUUCAGAAGGCUCUUCUGGUCUUGCGAGUUUCUCCACUGAAGAAAAAAAAUUGAUUAAAAAAAAGAAAGUAUGGCUAAACUGGGGACAGCACUUCCCUGCAGGCUGCUCCUCAGCUCUUUGUAGGCACUUCAAAAGCUUGAAAAAAAGUCACAGAAUUCGGAACUUAUUAAAUGAGAAUGAAGUGUACCAAUGGAGAAAUACAAACCGAAAAGCCAGAUGUAUGAUGUCAACUUGUAAUAUGCAGGUUCAAUUAAUCUCUUAAUUCAUUUGUUUUCUUAUCUUCUUUUGCUUUGCCAUCUGGAAAAGGCCUUUCUCCCAUGACACAUUAUAGGAGAAAGAUCCAAGGUUCAAAAUCUGCUUCAGGGAAAUGCAGCCUUGUUUCUUUACUCACAGACUGGAGAGAUUCAUGCAGAUGCUUCAGGACAAACCUGGGCCUGGACCAGGGAGAAAACAUCUCUGUGGGAGCUUAGGACAGUUGUCAAACUUGUACUCUCCAAGGUAAAAAUGUGAAAGCAGUUCUGUAAAAGGAAAUGAAGCCACGGGAACAGCAGAGCCAAUGAUAGGUAAAAAUGCAUAUCAGAUCAUGAAAGAGGCUUCUGAACAGCUCUCACUUGUGUUGUUUCAAUGAAAAGCCUACAUUUAUCCAGUAAAAAAAAUAAAUUAAAAAAAA